UUAAGCAUUAGCAGCUAUUAAUGCAACUGAUACAAUCACAGUUUUAUUAAUUUUUGUAACUUGUACAAAGGAGGCAGCGUCAAUAUUUUCUACUUAUUUAUUAACCGCUGUGCACGUGUUUUCUGGCAUAUGCCAUAUUUUAUUGCGUGCCAGAAGGAUGACAUACCAGGUUUUAUCCCUUGCCAUGCCAGUGGCAACGCCAGAGGCACUUGCCAGUGCCAGGUUUUACACCCUGCCGGGCAACAACGGCCUGCACUCGCAACAACAUGGAUCCAUCCAGCGCUAAUCGGCGAGAAGUGCUGGGCGACGCUCUCUUCAUGAUAAGAUUUCCGCUGCUGACUCCUUUGCAGUUUACUGACGCAGCCAAGAAUGGUUUGCUGACUAAGGAGGAAAUCUCCAGCAUCGUCACGUACCACAAUGCCACCAUGAAACCGUCCCUUCUGUUUUCCGCGGAAUAUCGCACGGGAACACAAGCGCUGAAGCCGCUAACGCUCGGCUACGGAGAGGACGUCUUCGUCCGUACUCGUACCAAAGAGGGCAUAUUGUGUUGGAAACCAACCCGGAUUACCGGAUUUAAUUCCGGUCAGCUGUGGUUUGUGUGGUGUAACAGGGAAUAACCCGCCCCGGUAACGCCGGACAAGGUGGUACGGGCUGUGAUAUUCUAAAACGUGGCCAGCCUUUGAAUGUGCGCACUUCCGUCGAAUCGAAUUAUAAGAGUGGAACGUACUACGGCAUGGCGGGUAACCAGCACCGGGUCUUCUGCCCCGGAGAGAACAUCGUUGUUUGGUUCUACAAUCUGAUGCUUUGCGACCAUCAGGUCGUGUCAUGGAAGAGACCAUGGGAAAAUCUAAAAUUUAUCGCCGAGAGUGUAUAA